AUGGGCUGCUGCUUCUCAACCGGAAGGGUAACCAUCCCCACCGAGAAGACGAUGGGCGACGAGGGCCGAGAGGUCCGGGCUCGACACUGGCUCGAGCCGCAGUACGACGGCCGCGACCCCGAGGCCACAUACGCCGAGUUCCUGGAGAGGUUCGACGACGAGGAGGCGGACCGCUGCCGCGAGAGGGACGCCAAGGAGAGCGCCCAGUGGAAGACGUAUGCCAACGGGCAGCGGCGGUACAUUGACCGCACCCAGCCGAGGAUUGGGGUUCGGCAGCUCUACAGGAGCGAGGACUCCAAGCUGAAGACCUUUUGA